GUAACAAAAUAUAUUAGCUUUUUAAAAAUCAUUGUUAGAAUCACCUUUUUAUCCAAAAAAAAUCCCUCAAAUUCAUCCAAAAAGAUUUCUUGUUGGCAAAAAUGGCAACUUCAGCUGAGCUUCUCCCAUACACACCCCUUCUGACGGCGGAGCAACCGCAACAACCACCGCACGAAGCCACCGUCCCCGGCAUCGUUGACUACAAACACCGCCCCGCCGUCAGAUCAAAACAUGGACGGUGGUUAUCUGCUUCUUUCAUCAUUUGGGUGGAAAUGACAGAGAGGAUUGCAUGUUUUGGGAUUUCUGGGAAUUUGAUUAACUUUCUAACUCAGAAAUUAGGACAGUCAACGGCAAUGGCGGCUUCAAAUGUCAGUGCUUGGGUUGGAGUUUCUUUCUUACUUACUAUUUUUGGAGCUGUUGUUGCUGAUUCUUUUUUGGGAAAGUAUUAUACUAUUGUUGCUUCUUCCCUAAUUUACAUAUUGGGGCUAGGCUUACUGACUUUAUCAGCAAUGCUACCUUCUUUUGAAUGUCUCAACCAAGAAAGGAGCAUCAAGGGUGCUGCAUGUUCGUCUCAUUUGCAAAUAGUAAUGUUUUUUGUUGCCCUUUAUUUGGUGGGUGUUGGGCAAGGUGGGCACAAGCCUUGUGUUCAAGCUUUUGGUGCUGAUCAGUUUGAUGGAGAAGAUCCUAGGGAGCGCAAAGCCAAAAGCUCUUUCUUUAACUGGUGGUAUUUUGGUGUUUGCAUGGGUGCUUUCCUUGGUACUGGGGUCUUGAGCUAUAUUCAGGACAACCUUAGCUGGGGCCUUGGAUUUGGAAUUCCAUGCAUUCUCGUGGUAAUUGCUCAGCUCAUAUUUUUGCUCGGAACUAUGAAUUAUCGCUACACUAUGAAGAGUGAAGGAGAAAACCCAUUCAAAAGGAUUGGAAGAGUGUUUGUUGCAGCAGCACGGAAUUGGAAUGCUUCACCUACAGUGGCUGGUGACAAUGAAGAGGCACAAGAAACCAAACUCCAUGAUGAAUCUCGUCAAUUCAUGUUCCUCCGCAAAGCUCUUCUUAGGCCUGAGAUAUCAAAUACAAGUGUAAAAGCUUGCAGCAUGAGUGAGGUUGAAGAAGCAAAAGCAGUACUUAGGCUGUUUCCUAUAUGGGCAACAAUAUUGGUCUAUGCUAUGGUCAUCGUACAGCCUGGAACUUUGUUCACCAAACAAGGAAUGACAUUGGAUAGAUCAAUCGGUUCUAACUUUUUCAUACCAGCUGCAGCAUUACAAUGCGCUGUUUAUAUUUGUGUUUUUAUCUGUAUCCCGAUUUAUGAUCGUGUGCUUGUGCCAGUUGCCAGAAGAUUGACCGGUAAGCCUGCUGGGAUAUCAAUGCUUCAGAGAGUUGGAACUGGGUUGUUCAUAUCCAUCUUUUCUAUGGUGGUUGCUGCUGUCACCGAGAAAAAAAGGCUGAAGACUGCUUUGCAACAUGGGCUGAUUGAUAGGCCUGAUGUUACAAUCCCAAUGAGUAUUUGGUGGUUGCUUCCGCAAUAUGUUGUGUUCGGAAUUGCAGAGGUAUUUACCAUGAUUGGACUGCAAGAAUUUUUCUAUGAUCAGGUUCCAAAUGAAUUGCGCUCUGUCGGGUUAUCUCUAUAUUUAAGCAUAUUUGGUGUCGGAGGCCUUUUAAGCAGCUUCCUUAUCUAUGUUAUCAACAAAACAAGCAGCAGAAGUGGGGGAGAGAGUUGGUUUUCAGAUAACUUGAAUCACGCUCAUCUUGAUUACUUCUAUUGGCUACUUGCUGGUCUAAGUGCCUUAGGCUUGGCCCUUUUUGUGUAUUUUGCAAAAUCAUACAUAUACAAUGAAAACAAAACUCGUUUAUAAAAGGAAUCCAGGCAUCAAAGGAACAUUCUGCAGAAGAUUCAGAGUCUCACUGGGUCGUUCCACUGCUUCUCGUGUAGUACCUUGGGGCCGGGUCAAACAGAGCUAGGCCCUUUUGCUUCCUUGUCAAGGUCUACGAAUUUGGUCAAGAAACUAAUUGAAAGGAGGUUACAUGUCCAAAAGGUUGUUGACAUUUUGCCUCUUGUUAGAUGCUUAUUUCUUGUUAGUAUAUAAAUAUGGAUUAGGGCACUAUAUGAAUAUUUUUCCUUUUAACUGUAAAUGCAAUUUCCUAGACUCGUUGAUUUAUUAAUAAAGAUUAUAUUAAUGGUUAUAUAAUUCAUGGCAUGUAUACUAAAUUUAGUAAGUAGAAAAUAAUUAAAUCAAAUUUGUUUGAGUGAAUUAUUACAGUCAGCUUCCUAUACUAUAGCUCUCUAAUCUCCCUAUGUCUUGCAUUGGUAUUCCCUCCAUGAGUUGCGGAUGACCAUAUGGAAGUUGUGCAUUAGAAAUGUCCACAUACUUACAACU